AUGGCGACCGUUGGCGUCGAGGCACACGAUCAGGCGCUGAGCAUGAGCAACAAUGCCACCGGACAGUUCGACGCUCUGGCAUGGCUGGAGCCUCUGAUGGUCUUGACCACGAUGGUGGCGACUCUCAUCAUCACACGGCGCAGAGACUGCAGCGUUUUCACAGCCACUCCCGAGAGCAGUCCGCGCAGGAGCGAGGACGGCCUGCUCCAGGACAAGGACGAGUACGCCUCCGACAGUGACGACUCUCUGCAGCUUCUGGGACGGCGCAGCCCUUCGCCUGGCGCAAAGCAAUGGCCGUCGAGAGCACCAUACGCAAUUGCCGUGUUCAACCGGAUUUUGGCCAAGUUUCCAUUCCUGGUCGAACUAUUCUACUGGAUCCUCAACUACGCGGCCUACCGAUUCUCGAAGGUCGCAGCCGCCGCGUUCCACUCGCGCAAGGCAGGCAAAGCUGUCGUAGAGCUUGCUCAGAGUCAUGGCAUUAGCAUCCUCAAGUUCGAGCACGAAUCUCCCGCCAAGGCCUUCUUCUUUAUCAAGGAGGUUGAUGUUCAGCACUUCAUUCUGGCGAACCACCCGGGCGUCAUGACGGUCCUGAACCAGAUCUACUCUCUCAUUCACAUUCCCGGCACGGUGUUAUUCAUCUCCUGGUACUACUACUCGGCGCCCAACCACAGCACUUUCGCGGUCGUCCGACGCUGCAUGAAUUGCGCCAACUUUGCUGCGUUUGCUGUGUUUGCAAUCUUCCCGUGUAUGCCACCUCGCUUGCUGCCAAAGUCUUUCGGAUUCGUCGACACCGUGCACCAGGCACACGCCGAGAGUGUUUGGGUUGGAGAUGGCAAGAGCGUCAACCAGCUCGCCGCAAUGCCUAGUCUGCACUUCACCUACGCCUUGACGGUUGGCUGCACGUUCCUGUACCACUCUGGGCUCGUGCAACGGGUUCUGCAGCGGAGCAACUCGAGGGAGCGAAGAAGCUUGUUCGGCAUGGCUGGAUUCACGGUGGCCGGUGUGCUCUACCCAAUGCUGGUUCUGCUUGUCAUUGUUGCCACUGCCAACCACUACUACCUGGAUGCCGUUGCUGCGACGUUCUCGGUCUUGGUCUGCUUCCUCGGUAAUCCCUUCCCUCCCGCCUCCAAAAAGAAAACGCUGACCUCUGUCUUCCAAAUAGGCAACCGUGUCUGGCUUUUGCUGAUGCCGCUGGAGCGCCUGGUGCUCAGGAUCUUGAUGCUGGAGAAGCCGGUUCCCACGACUGGCGAGUCAAAUCGGAGAAGACGGCGGUACGUGCGAGAGAGCAACCGUCCGGAAGAUGUGUGA